CAGACAUUUUCUGGUUGAUGAAGUAAUACAGCCAGAAACAGCCUGAAAGCAGUUUUUCCAGAGAACAAAGAAUCUGGUCUCUUCCAGUCAUGGAGCCUCAGUAUCAGGAGUUCGGGCCGUCUGAUAGCGACUCUGUCCAUGGAGUGUCCAGGCUGACCCCACAAACAGGUAUGAGGAGGAUAGUGAAUUACGUCCUGUAUGGAGUCCUGGUGCUGCUGCUGCUCAUUCUGCUGAUGGUCACUGGGAUUAAAUUCUCCCAGCUGAACAAGGAAGUCGCUGAUGUCAAACUUCACCUGGUGAAAAUGGGCCAAGGAGGAGCAGCUUCGUCAUCCAGUUCAGGUGCUGCACCUGUGCAGGAAGUCCUCUUCGAGAAACUCGUCCCAGUCAGAGGAACGUGCAGGGAAGGCUGGGUGUCCUUCCAGACCAGCUGCUACCUGCUGUCCGGAAACAGCGCUACCUGGAGCAGGUCAGAGGAGCAGUGCCGGUCACACGGGGGACACCUGCUGGUUCUGAAUACUGUGGAGGAACUGGACUACAUUUCAAGAAUAGUUGAAAUUCAUAGAGACUACUGGAUUGGACUGGUGGAGCGAGAACAUGAGGGACACUGGGCCUGGGUGGACGGAAGUGACUUCUCAACGCCAGAGUUCUGGGAUGAAGGUCAGCCUGACAACUGGGACUACAGAGAGAACGGAGAGGACUGUGGGCAGAUUCAUGCCUCUGUGAAACGCAAACGAAAGCUGUGGAAUGAUGCAGACUGCCAGCUGACGUACCGGUACAUCUGUGAAACCAGGGCGUGAGAAAACCUGUCAGAGCAGCUGAACUGCAACGUGACACACCUGGUGUGUUUUUCAUAUGAGUUUAGAGAUAUGUCACAUAAGGUUUCAUAACCAGAUCCACACACUUGUGUGAGAUCUUUGUUGGACAAUAAAAGCAUGAGUACACCCACA